UUGGAAACACACACCGCAAUGACUUCAGCUAAAGUCCAGUUUUUCUUAGAAAUAUUGUUUGAUAGGUGUGCGUGUGUGCGUGUGUGCGUGUGUGCGUGUGGUGGGCAUGAGUUAGUCAAACAGAUUUUGUAACAAGCAGCAGCGGGUGGACUUUGCCCACUGAGCACAGAGACAUUUCAACUGAAGCCUGGCUGAGAGUGUUUCAGAGCUGUACAGCUGUCAGCAGGAAGAUGAGCUCCACCAAGAUAUGUUCUGUUUUUGUGACGGUGUUGUGUGUAACCAGUUUGGUUGUCGCAAACCCAGUGGAAUUGAUCCCCCGUCAGACAGCCGCCAGACAACAGGGGGGCGCUGUUCUUUUUUAUGCAGCCCACCAGGGCCAGCUAAGAGAUAUCCUCUACAACCCAAUCGUCUUCAACCAGGUGGUGGUGAACCAGGGCUCGGCAUAUGACAACGACACGGGUGUGUUCACCGCGCCGGUCGCUGGCAUUUACCAGUUUGUGUUUGCUGCCCAGCUCUGCCGCGGAGACCACAACAACAGAUGGUACUUCAUGGUCAACGGGAACCAGAAGAUGGCCUGCCAUGCUCAGGUGUCUGGUCUUGACACAACCCUCAACACCUGCUACUGCAUGGAGAAACUGAAGAAAGGUGACCAGGUGUGGGUAAAGCAGAAGGUGGAGAGCUGCGCCUGGGCCAGCACUAUUUCCCAAACCAUUACCUUCUCGGGUGUCCUGCUGGCAAGCGAGGGGGUGUCCACGCUGGGAGGGACGUAUGGCUCUGGCAGCUCCUGUCCACUGCCCAGCCUGGUCCGCAACAGGGACAUGGUGUCCAGCUCCGUAAGCCGGGAUGCCUCUUUGUCUAGUGUGGCCAUCACUCUGCUGCUCUGCUGUCUUCUCUUGGAUUAAUAAUGGCAAAGUUAUAGAUACCUACAUUAUAUAAGCUUUUAUUUUACUCUUUUUUAUAUUUUCAAGGGUUCUAGUCUGACUUGGUGGGACCUGAUGUUCUUCUUUUCUAAAAGUGUUACAUCAAAACAAAAA